CCUCACAGCUGUUGCUUGAGCACCAAAACUGGUACAUUAUUCACGGGUCUCUUCCUUGUACUUUAUUGUAGUGAUGUUAGAGAACAAAUAGAAAAGUUAUCAAAAAUUGAGCUGAAGGCUCAUAUUUUCCAAAUUUCUUCAGAAUGAGAAUGCCUAAAAACAGACCAAAUGAAGGCAUAGUACAGGAGCAAGAAAUAACUUACACAGAUGUGAAAAUUUCCAAAAAUCAACAGAAGCAAAGGGUAUUCAAGAGAGAACAGAAUCCUGUAUUAUCAAGUGAACAGGAGGUUAACUAUGUUGAAAUGAAGUUUCACAGAACAUCUCACAACAGAGCACAGCUUGGUGGACAAAAAAGAAAAGGUGCCCCAUCAACAGCAUGGAAGAGGAUAGCUGGCAUUUUAGCAUUCGUUUGCAUAGUUUUAAUUACAGUAAUUGGUACCUUGCUUUCAAACUUGUUUUCUAGCAGAGAAGAUCAAAGCAGAAACUUCACCCUUUUUCCUACUCUGUCUUCUAAAAGUAAUGAUCAGUUGGUGGUCAGAAAUAUGUGGAAAGUGAAGGCAGAGGUUGCUGUGGAAUGGAUGGCAGCCACUUCAACUUGUAGGUUUAUUUUUGAGGGAUGUUCCAGUGGUCUUUGCUCACACAACUGGAUUGGGUAUGGAAAUAGCUACUAUCAUUUUUCCAGUGAAGCCAAAACCUGGGAAGAAAGCCAAUCCACCUGUGCAAAGCUGAAUUCUCACCUUCUGAAAGUAGACUCUGAAGAAGACCUGAAACUGUCUUCAGUGAUUGAAAUGACAGGAUGGAUAGCUUUCAACAUCAAUGAAAACAAUGGAUCCUGGGUGGGGAAAAAUGUCUUCCAAUUGAAUGACAACUUACUUUUUGUUUUGGAAGGCAAGAACCAGAGUUGUGCUUAUGUGAAUGGAAAGUCUCUGUAUACUGAAGACUGUUCAUCUAGAAAACUUUUUAUCUGCCACCAUUAGAGGAUAACAGAGGAUAUAGAAACAAUAUAUGGUAAGAAUGUGUAAUAAAGUGAUGACCAGAGAAAUAUAACAAGAUUUCAUCAAUGUCAAAAAAUUUCAUGUUGGAGAUAGUAAUUUAUAUUGCAGUAAAUCUGUCCUGACCUAUAAGUAGUUGCUUAAUUUCACAUGAUAAUUUUUGCUGGAAAAAUUAUGGCAAAAGGAGCAUUUGAGUGUCUUGAAAAAAGUAUUUUGAAAUAACAUCACUGAAACAAUCUCAACAUGGAAAAAAGUGAGGAAAGGCAAUGACUGAUAGGUCAAAAUAGCAAAAUCAGACUCAGAUGUAGAGAAGUUAAUGAAAUAAUAAUAUAUUUUUUAUGUUUGAAAACAAUGAAUAAAAAAUUUAGAAAGGGAUGGGAGAGAAUGUAAUAGAUUUUCUUUGUGGCUUUGGAGAUUGAACCAAGAGCUCUCACACUGAGCUACAUAAUUAGUCUUCACAUCCCUUACUCUGUGUGUGUGUGUGUGUGUGUGUGUGUGUGUGUGUGUUGAAAUGUGAGUUUGUUGUUAAAUUACCCAGUCUAGGUUCAAAAUUAUUAUCUCCAUCUCAGCCCUCCAGUGUUGCGAUGAUUGUGGGUGUCUCAUUUUAUGCUUAUCAAUGUCUCAUUUUAUGCUCAUCAAUGAAUAUACUCAUUGAUUAUUUCAGUAACUGAAUGUGCUUUUAAGGAGGGGCCUGGGUGUGCAGAGGAGGGGCUGGGCGGAUCUGGGGUGCCAGCAUCAGCCUCCCCGUGUGUCUGGAGGACUGUGGAUAUCUCAGGAAGCAGGGGAGGACCGCAGGGUCCAGAGGCACCAUGGCCUGUGGUGAGUGCUCAACGCACUCUGCCCAAAGCCCAGACUGUUCUGGACCCUCCAGGCUUCCUAGUGCAGUGAAGUGGAGAGGUGGGUUUGAGGAGUCUACAUCCGCCUCCUCAUCCCGGCUGCACUUGGAUAGCUGUGGAGCUUCCAACGGGCAGGUGGGCGCACAGUGUCCCUGAGACCCAGCUUAUCUGAAACUGCAGAGUUCUGAACAGGCAGAGGAGGGCCAUUGGUUCUGCAGGCCCAGUGGCUUGGGGUAAUAGGGUGCCAGAGUCUCAGGAGCUGCAAACAUAAAAGGGGAUUUCCAACAGACCCUGAGGAAGCUUUCAAAUAACACUUGAAACACAGAAAUAUAGGAAAAUGACAAAACGAAAGAGAAAAUUACAACCUCAAACCUCCAGCCCAUCUCAAGAAACCCUAGGAGCAAUGUAUAUAGAAGAAAAUAUAUGCCAUUCACCUCAAAUAUCGGACACAAUAGCUAUUGAAAUUAACAAGCAACUCCGGGAAGCUUUAAAGAAAUUCAAACUCGAAAUAAUCUCCCAGGUAAAAGAAGAAAUGAUAAAAGAAAUGAAAGAGAUUCUGAAUAUAUCUAAAGAAAACACAGAUAAAAAAUUGGAGGAACUAACAAAAAGAUAGAAUCUCUAGACAAUCAAUAUAAGAAACAAACAGAAUACAUAAUGCAGAUGCACAGAGAUAUACAGGAAAUAAAAAACUCCACUGAAAGUUGUAAAAACCACCUUAAUAAAAGUGAAGCUAGAAUUUCAGACCUUGAAGACAGGAUUGCAGCUAGUGAACAGGAAACGAAAGAUCUUUUAAAAAUAACAAGGAAUCAGGAAACAACAAUUCAACAACUGCAAGACAAUGCAAAGAAAAAUAACAUAAGAAUGAUAGGGAUUAAUGAAAAGGAAGGAGACAACAUAAAGGAUGUCAAGAGGAUAUUUAGAGAAGUAAUAGAUGAAAAUUUCCCAAGCAUGAGAUCAGAAACCGACAUUAGGAUCAGUGAAGCAUAUAGAACUUCAAAUAGUCAUAACCAAAAUAAAACUACACCAGACAUAUAAUAAUCACCAUCCCAGAAAUCCAACACAAGAAGAGAUUAUUAAAAGGUGCCAGAGAGAAAAGACAGAUCACUUAUAAAGCAAAACCUAUCAGAAUCACAGCAGACUUCUCAGCACAAACAAUAACGUCAAGAAGAGCAUGGAGUGAAGUAUUCCAGAUCUUAAAGCAAAAUGAUUUCCAACCUAGACUGAUGUUUCCUGCAAAACUGUCAUUCAAAAUUGAUGGUGAAAUACGAUACUUCCAUGACAAAGAACAGCUGAAGAACUUCAUGAACACCAAACCAACCCUGUAAAAAUAUUGAAAGACAGUUUAGAUACACAAAGGAAAAAAACCACUAAGCAAAGCAGAUAAUUAAACAGAACAGAAAGAUAAAGAUGCAACAGCAGAGAGAUAACAUGUCAACAAUAAACCAGCAUUUAACAGUAAUAACAAUUAAUUUAAAUGGUCUCAAUGCACCAAUCAAAAGAAACAGAAUAGCAGAAUGGAUCAAGAAACAAAAUCCAACCAUAUGCUGUUUACAGGAACCCAUCUAACCCAGAAGGAUACUCACAGACUGAAAGUCAAAGGAUGGAAAACAAUACUUCAUGCAGCAGGAAUCCAAAAAAAGGCAGGAGUAGCCAUUCUGUUUGCAGACAACGUGAACUUUAAACCAACAAUGACCAUAAAGGACAAAGAAGGUCACUACAUACUAGUAAGGGGAAAACUCCAAGAGGAAGAGAUAACUAUCUUAAAUAUAUAUGCACCAAACUCCAGAGCACCCAGUUAUAUAAAAUAACUAUUAACAGAAAUGAAAACUCAAAUUAUCAGUAACACAAUUGUAACAGGAGACCUUAAUACGCCAUUGACACCAAGGGACCGAUCAACCAGACAGAAAAUGAGCAAAGAAAUAACAGAACUGAAUCACACCUGCAAACAAAUGGAUUUGAUAGAUAUAUACAGAAUGUCCCACCCCACAACAUCAGAAUACACAUUCUUCUCAGCAGUACAUGGAUCAUUCUCUAAAAUAGACCAUAUAUUAGCUCACAGAACAUAUUUAAACAAAUGUAAGAGAGUUAAAUUAUCCCUUGCAUGUUAUCGGAUCAUAGCGCUCUGAAAUUAGAAAUUAAUGAUAAAAGAUACUGCAAAAAUCCCACAAACACAUGAAAACUGAAUAACACACUCUUGAGUAAUCAGUGGGUCACAGAAGAAAGUAAAGAAGAAAUUAAACAAUACCUAAAAGAAAAUGAAAAUGCAGAUACAACUUACUGGAAUUUGUGGAAUGCAAUGAAAGCUGUCCUGAGAGGAAAAUUUAUUGCACUGAGUUCCCACAUCAGGAAAACAGAACGAAUAGAAAUAAAUAACUUGAUGCUACACCUCAAACAGCUAGAAAAAGAAGAGCAAGUCAAGCCCAAAGCCAAAAGAAGAGAGGAAAUUAUAAAAAUCAGAGCAGAAAUCAAUGCAAUAGAGAUUAAGAAAACAAUCCAAAGAAUCAACGAAUCAAAGAGUUGGUUCUUUGAAAGAAUAAAUAAAAUCGAUAAGCCCCUAGCCAACCUUAUUAAAAAAAAGGGAAGAAAAAGCUCAAAUUCAUGCAAUAAGAAAUGAAAAAGAUGAAAUCACUAAAGACCCAAUAGAAAUACAGAAGUUCAUCAACACCUAUUUCGAAAACCUCUACUCUCGAAAGUUUGAUAACACAGAAGAAAUAGACAGAUUCUUAGAAACAUAUGAAGUACCAAAGCUAGAUCAAGAGGAUGUAAAACUGUUGAAUAACCCAAUCUCUGUUAAUGAAAUUGAAAAUGUAAUUGUCCUUAUCUACAAAGAAGAGCCCAGGCCCAGAUGGAUUCACUGCAGAAUUCUACAAGAAAUACAAAGAAGACCUAAUGCCGACACUCCUCAAACUAUUCAAUGAAAUUGAAAGGGAAGCAAUCCUUUCUAAGUCAUUCUUGGAAGCAAGUAUUACUCUAGUACCAAAACCUGAGAAAGACCCAACUUAAAAAGAGAACUAUAGACCAAUCUCCCUAAUGAACACAGAUGCAAAAGUCCUCAAUAAAAUAUUGGCAAAUAGGAUGCAGCAAAUCAUCAAGAAGAUUAUACACCAUGACCAAGUGGGAUUCAUCCCAGGAAUGCAAGGAUGUUUCAACAUAUGUAAGUCAAUAAAUGUAAUCCACCAUAUCAAUAAAGCCAAAAGUAAUAAUCACAUAAUCAUUUCUAUAGAUGCAGAAAAAGCCUUCGAUAAGGUCCAACAUUUAUUCAUGAUAAGAACUUUACAGAAAAUUGGAAUAGAUGGUCUUUACCUCAAUAUAAUAAAGGCCAUUUAUGACAAACCAACAGCCAGCAUCAUACUAAAUGGCCAAAAAUUGAAAGCCUUUACUUUAAAAUCAGGCACAAGACAAGGAUGUCCUUUAUCACCACUCCUAUUUAAUAUAGUACUGGAAGUACUAGCCAGAGCAAUUAGGCAAGAAAGAGAAAUAAAAGGGGUAAAGAUAGGAAAAGAAGAAGUUAAAUUAUCAUUGUUUGCAGAUGACAUGAUACUCUACAUAGAAGACCCCUAAACUCCAUUGAAAGGCUCUUAGAUACAAUAAAUAAAUUCAGUAAUGUGGCUGGAUACAAAAUCAAUACUCAGAAAUCAAUAGCAUUCCUAUACACGAACAACAAAAUCACAGAGAGGGAAAUAAGAGAAACUACACCCUUCACAUUAGCAAGCAAAAAAAAAAAAUGAAAUAUUUAGGAAUUACGCUUAUGAAAGAAAUGAAAGACUUCUACAGUGAAAAUUAUAAUACACUGAAAAAAGAAAUUGAAGAUGAUCUCAGAAAAUGGAAAGACAUGCCUUGCUCAUGGAUAGGAAGAACAAACAUUGUGAAAAUGGCCAUUCUCCCAAAACUCUUAUACAGAUUCAAUGCAAUCCCAAUAGAAAUACCAUCAACAUACCUUAUAGAUCUAGAGAAAUCACUCCUAAAUUUCAUCUGGAACCAGAAGAGACCUAGAAUAGCUACGGCAAUUCUAAGCAGCGAAGACAAAGCAGGAGGCAUCACAAUCCCUGACUUGAAGUUAUACUACAAAGCAACAGUAGUAAAAUCAACAUGGUAUUGGAGUCAAAACAGAGCCUAAGAUCAAUGGAAUAGAUUAGAAGAUACAACCACAACUACAAACACACUCAACCACCUUAUCUUUGAUAAAGGAGCCAAGCAGGUUCGCUGGAAGAAUGACAGUCUCUUUAAUAAAUGGUGCUGGAAAAACUGGCUCUCCAUUUGCCAAAAACUAAAGCUAGACCCAUGUCUAUCACCCUGUACUAAAUUAAAAUCUAAAUGGGUCAAAGAUCUGAAUAUUAAAACAGAAACACUAAAUCUAUUGGAAGACAAAUUGGGUAGAAACCUUGAAGACAUAGGAGUAGGUGGAGAAUUCAUGAACAGGACUCAAACCACACGAGAAAUACUUCCCAGAAUCAAUAGCUGGGACCACUUCUUAUUAAAAAGUUUCUGCAUGUCAAAACAAAUCUACAGCAUGGUAAAAAGAAAACUCACUAACUGGGAAAAGAUCUUAGUGAACUCUCUCUCAGACAAGGGACUCUUGUCAAAAACAUAUAAAGAAUUAAAAAAACUCAGACCCCCAAAAUUCAAAGAUCCAGUCCAAAAAUGGGCAUCUGAGAUGCAUACGCACUUCUCAGAUGAAGAAAUGCAAAUGGCAAAUAAAUACAUGAAAAAAAUGUUGGAAUAGAUGGUCAUCAUCUAUUAUUCAUUAGUCAUUAGAGAAAUGCAAAUUAAAACCACACUGAGAUACCAUCUCACUCCUGAAAGAAUGGCCAGGAUCAAGAAAACCAACAACAACAAAUGCUGGAGAGGCUGUUGGAAAAAAGGAACUCUCCUACACUGUUGGUGGGAAUGUAGACUGGUGCAGCCUUUGUGGAGGUCAGUCUGGAGAUUUCUCAAAAAGCUCGGAUUUGAAGUCCCAUUUAUUCCAGCUAUUACACUUCUAGGCAUAUUCCCAGAAGAAGUGAAAGCAUCAUACCACAGUAAUAUAUGUGCACCUAUGUUUAUAGCAGCACAAUUUGUAAUCGCCAGAUCUUGGAAACAACCCAAGUGUCCAUCAACUGAGGAAUGGAUAAAAAAGUUGUGGUAUUUCUAUACAAUGGAGUAUUAUUCAGCUAUAAAGAAGGAUCGCAUUGAGAUAUUUAUCAAUAAAUGGGCGCAGCUUGAGACCAUACUCAUAAGUCAAAUAAAUCAAUCUCGCAUGUAUGAAUACCGAAUAGUUUCCCUAAUGUAAUUAAUGAUUCAAAUAUAUAAAAAUAUGUGGUAAUCAUGAUUCCCCAUUAUGUGGCCUUGAAGCCUUAUAAAGUUUUCACUUAUUAAUUGGAAAGGCUUUAUUUUAGGCUUCUUCAUAUGGAAAUAUUUGAAGCUAUAGUAUAUGAAUUUUUAUUCAAAUAUUUCAAGGAAAAAGACAGACACUAUGGUAACUACUAUUAAGUCAGGUUAUUUGAUGGUGAAGCACUAGGUUACUGAAACAGUCAUGCUUUGACCUGUAUUGUUAUACUGUUAUGUCCUGUUUUAUCUCAAUCUCUCCCUUAUUCAUUAAAAAAAUUAUUUAGUUAUUUCUUAUUUUUUUUAAUUAAGGAGAAAAAUUAAUAAAUUAGCAGGAUAUAUAAUAGUAACUUUUUUUGAUUUCCUAUUAACUUGUUUUGAAGUCCUGUAAUACUCCCACUAUCUUGUUUUGACUGAUUGGACUCUGUUCCAUUCUGUAGGAUAGUAUCAAGUUUGAGGGUAUAGGCAACUACUUUGAAGGCAAUAAGAUUCACUAAAAUGCCCAUUCUGGUUUGACUAUUGUCUCCUUUGGAAGUCCUGUAAUGUUUACAAUGAUUAAGUUUUAUUGGUCUUGUUCUCUACUGUUUUGUUCAACUUUAUAAUAUCUAAUGAGAUAGACAAUUCUUUUUAAGGAAACAAGAGACAUUGUUGAUAACCAUUGUUGAUAACCUUGUACUCUGUUUUACAUCAUGUGCUAUGUCUAUCCUUGGUUUUGACUGACAGCUUUGUUUUGCCAUAUUUGACUUUAUUCUCUCCCCCUCCAAAAAAAUAAUAAGAACUAAGGAGUAAUAAAACCCAAAAUGUAUAAAUUUCAUUGUAAAAAAGAGAGGGAAAAAAAGAGCUCUAAAGGAUACAACAGCAAGUGUGUUUAGGGGUGUUAAAUAGCAGACCAUAUUAAUGUUUUUGGUUGGAUCAUUGAACACAACUGUUUGCAGUCUCACUGUUUGAAUGUUCACUUUGUAUGCUUUGAUACUGUGAUUUGAGCAACUAUCUCUAAGAUGAUAAUAUGUAAUCUAUUAACUGGUGAUUUCUUACUGUUUUUUUUUUUUUGUAGUUCUGUAUUACUUGUACCCUUACUUUUUUUGUUUUGUUUUUUCUCUUUUUCCUUUUAAAUAAAAUUUUUAAAAAAAGGAGGUGCCUGGUUGUUGGAGGCAGGACACUGCAAGUGUGACCUAGAAGGAUUUGUUCUUGUGCAUUAUAUGACAUGUUAUUAAAUCAUAGUUUAUAAAGUAUCCAUAAAAUAAACUAGUUAUUUGUUGAUUUUAUAAUUUCAAAUAAAUUUCUUAAAAUUUUUUAUUUCAAUGAGACAAUUUUAGUUUUUAAAUUCUUAAACUUCACUGGGAAUGAAGAAAACUUACUGCCUAAUGCUUGUGGGUAGUUAUCUUACCCAUCAUGAUCCACAUUGGUUUUCAUUCACUGAACAAGUUAAAAAAAUACCACCUGUGCAUUAAAUAACAUUGCCAGAUCCAAGAUGUAUGAACUGAGGUAAGGUCUCUGUAGCAAAUGUAGAUAUUUUGGUUUUUGUUUUGUAUUUUAAAAUACAUAUUCUCACUGCUAACAGCUAUGUAGGACUAUAUGUCAGGUUAGCAUCAUAUAGUCAGGUUGAUUUGCUAGCCAGUGAUCAUAUGAAAGGAAGCUAUUUGUUUUGGUUAAAAGGAAAAAGAACUUUAUUCAAAGUUAUCUAUGAACAGAGGGAGAGGCCUUAUUUGCCCAAAUCACCCUCUCACAGUGUCCCGCAGUAUUUUAUAGCAAGGGACAGAGUGAACGGGGAAUACCACGAGUGAGUGCAUGUGCUGAAGCUUCCCCUUUGCUCCAUCUUCACUUGGUGUCCACCUUUCCUGUGCAAAGGAAACUUGGCCCAGACUUUGGGUCAGAACCUGUAUAUGAUGUCAUUUCAUCUGGGCUGAGGAGAUAAGGGGUGUACUGAUUAUACACUCAGCAGGAGGAAAAUUAAAAAAAAUCUAACUUCUAAAGUUUAAUUUGGCAUUGGUAACUACAAUUCCCCUCUUCUUAAACUUAGCUCCCCAUCUUGAGGUUCUUGGGAUGCUGCAUCAUCUGGCUGCUCAUCUAAUGGUGGACUGGCAUAUGGAUUCCAUCAGAGGUAGCAGAAGCAAAACCAAAAGAAAAACCAGAUACUUGCUCCUGCAAAGUGUCACUUAAGACUGGGAAGCAAAGUACAAAAGAAAGCCCAAGUUAGACGAUAACUACGAGUUGCUGCCCCUAUUAGAAGGGCUUUUGUUUUUAGGCAAUUGUGUUUAACAGUGGUCCCUACACUCUUUGGCACCAAGGACCAGUUUCAGGGAAGACACUUUUCCCAUGAACCAGUAUGAGAGGUGGCUUAGGGAUGAUUUGAGUGUAUGAUAUUUAUUGUGGAUUUUACUUCUAUUUUUAUGACAUUGUAACACACAGUGAAAGAAUUAUGCAGUACAUCACAAUACAGAAUCAAUGAGAUUCCAAAGCUUAUUUUUCUUUUCUUUUUUAUUUUGAAAACCAAAACAAUAUAUAUGUAAUAAAAAUGAUGAUACAGAAUUUCAAUACCAUACAAUAGGAGACUAACACCGAUUAAUACAUUGUGUAUUGUUAUCUUUAAAGUAGUUGUCCAGUUUGUAAGAUAUAGGCAAGAAGAAAAUGAUCAAAUAAUUGAACAAUGAAAGCACAAACUGUUCUUUCUGCUGAACUCAUAGAGAUUAGUUGUACAGUUAUCUAUCUUGUGUGUGUAUAUCUACACAUAUGUAAUAUAUAUAUUAUAUAUAUCCAUAUAUAAUUUUUCAACUAAUCAAUUUAUCCUCUUCAACACAAAAUCAAUUAACCUUGCUUAUUCACAAAUGGAUGAUGGAUCCAUGUCCCCUGGCUUGAGUUUUAUGAGAUUGUGAAGCAAAGUCCACACUUCUUUGAAAGCUGAGAUAGAUGAUCUGAGAGAAGGAAGACCCUGGCUCUGCCUCUUUCAAAAUCUCUGCCAAUUUUGAAUGAUGUAAAAACAAAUAAAUAGCCCUACUCUUUGUUCAUUAUUUUCAUAACUCCAGUUUGGCUUUGAAUGCAGCCCCUUUAUCUGCUGACUUGAAUAUUGUUAUUAUUUUCCCCUGAAAUGAUUGACUGAGUUCAUGGAGCACGUUGACUAUGUCAAAAAACUAAGCCAGUUUUGCAGCUCACUCAGUGUCCCUAAAAUAUGCUGUCAGAGGUGACUAGUUUUCAAAGGAAAUUUCUAGAGUAGCUCUCAUAGGUCAAAAACUCUGCUCCAAGAUGUACCUUUAAAAAUUCAUCUCACAUCUGUGUUUGAAAAUGUGUGCUUUCUGCAUUCAUCUCCUUAGUGAGCUGCACAAACAGACUUGAGUUAAGGGUAUGUAAUUUAAUGUGGUGCAUAAUUUUAAUCGAAUGUUGGGAAGUGUUUUAAAACUCAGAUUAUCUUUCUCUAUAGAUGAAGCAGUGCUUGGAUUUACAUAUGGAAAUGAUUUCUUUGAGCUAAGUAGUGAAACCUGAAAGCUUGUCCAGUCAUGGCAGCCACUUCACUCAUGAAUAUACUGGCACAAAAAUGAUCAGUUUCACUUCCCUGAUAUGUAAUCAUUCAAAGAUUUGAACAAUCCUGCUGCUGUGGUUUUGACUGGCAACAAAUCUGCAUUUUCUUAUGAUUAGAUCAAUACAUAAAGAUUAGUAGGCUUUACUGCUUGUCUUAUUUUCAAUAUACAAAGAGACCAUUGGUGUUUCAAACACGGGUUUGUAUUUUUACUGUUUCCCUUUGUAUUUUGCAAAUAAAACAAAGCAUUAUUACUUUGCAGUGAGAAUUUUGUAAUGAGAAUAUAGACCACAGCUUUUAAGUUAUGGAUCUAUUAUGGAAUUUAAAAAUUGCAUAAUUCUAAUAUCACUUGAAAGAGCUGUAAGUUUAACUGAUAGUAAGCUAUAAUUUCAACUAAUGAAAUUUAUUAUUGGUGACAUCACCAACACUGCUUCUUUUCUUACCACACUGUGGCAUCUUUUUAAAGGUAUUCCAUUUGUCGUUGUUCUGCAAGGCUGUAUGUUGGGUUCUGGAUAUGUGGUUCCCUGUGUUGGGCUUUGCUGUUACCCUAAGGUUGUCCAGUGAAUCAUCACUGAAUCCCAAACAAGGAGGUGAGGAGUACCAAGGGACAUCAGGAAAAGUGGCACUGAAAAUGCUUUCAAGACAGAUUUUCCUUGCAUGGAAGAACUUUCUUGGGUCUACAUGUUUUCCAUUCUCCUGGAUAUCUUAAUCCUGGAAUACUCAAGGUUUCAAAGUAUUAGAAGUAAGAUGACUGAAAACUCUAUAUGAAGAUUGCAUCAUGGCUGACUAUGACAGUGGCAGUUGAGGAAAACUUAGAAGACAUGAGGCAGGAAGUGUAGGUACCAGAAAUGGGGGAUGCAAACAAAUCCAAAUAUGGAAAGGCCAGUAGGAAAAACUCAACAUAGUUUUCAAUGUUCUUAACACUCCUGCCUUGUAAUUAUGCAAUUUCUAGCACAUGUCUACCUAUGCAUCCAGGCUAGCCAAGGCCACAAAUUGGUUUCACAGGACCAGUGAGUGCAAUUUAGGGCUCCCCAUCUAAUUUCAGGGCAAUUAAAUGGUCUGUUGGAGACCAGUAUUCAACCUGCAAAGUUUUGGUUUUUGUGUCCUGUUCAGGGAGUAUCCCUAAUGUAUAGUAGAGAUAGGUCAAUGAGAAUAAGAGUGACUUUUUUGUUCCCAACAUAAAGGAGCCUACCAAUAAGUUGUCCUACAGUUGCAGUUAACCAUGCACAAUUAUCACAUAUAUGAAAGUAACUAUCCUUAUGUCUAUGAUAUAAUCUUUAUUCUUACUUAAUAAAGUUCUAUUAGAGUCUGUAGAGAGGCUUCAGUGGCACUUGAGAAAAAAUUUACCUAUGUCCAGUAUCAUUAAAGGUGUUAAUUUAUAGGCCACUCAGUUACCUUGUGGUGGUGGGCUAAGCUAUGAACCACUAAACUUUUUCCUGUCUCAUUAAAUGAACCCUUAUAGAUUAUCCCAGGUAGCUCCUUGAAAUGGGGAUACUCAUGAAGGAGGUCCUAAUAUACUUGACAAUGGAACAGGCACAGAUAUUUGUCAUAACAAUUCGCAUAUUCUUGUGCCCACACUAGAAAGAAGUUGCAUUGUUCUGUAAGAGAUACAGUAAUUAGUAAAAGGACUAAGAGUAACAUCAUAGAUUACUUAUUUGAAGACUGUUUUGUUUUUGAACAAGAAUUUUAAGUCUUCUGUUGGUUCACAGGAGUAUUCCAAAUGUUGCUUGUACUCAGCACCAGUCUCUGGUUCCCAGGGCUUGAGUUGAGUAUGUUUUAUAUAUGAGUCAGGCCUGCCACCUUGAUAGCUAUUGGAGUUGCAGAAUCAUGUGCGUCCUAGAGCAGGAGAUGUUGGGACUAAGACUGGAGAUGAUGAUGAGGGAAGGUACUUUACCAUUACUAAAUCAUGAGGGUGGAAUGUGGGAUUCUCUUUUCUUAAGCUGAGUUGUUAUUAGUUGUUCAAGAGUCUGUUGUAAUUUAAAUUUUAUUUAAAGAAAGAUUAAAACAAAACAGAAAAUGUGUAAAAACAAUACAUACAAUCCAGAAAAAAAACAGUAAGAAAUCACUAGUUAAUGUUUACAUAAUGUCCUUUUACAAAUAGUUGUUCAAGAUACAAAAGUGGAACAUACAAAGUGGGAAUUCAAACAGCGAUACAGCAAACAGCUCUCUUCAAGUAUCCAACGAAAACUUAGUGAUAUGGUUUCAAUCCUAUACACUUAAACAUACAUGCCAUUAUCCAUAUCUUCACUUAUGUUGAGAUUAAACAAACUAAAGCAGGCUAAAGUCAUUCGGAACAAAGAAUAAUAAUAUUGCUGGAUUUCAUAUCAUGGCACUCUGGGAUCAGCACUGGGUACUGUAGAGUCUUUUUUAAAAAUUUUUAUUUAAAAAAAGACUAAACAAAACAGAAAACAGGUAGAAAUAACACAUACUUUCAAAGAAAAAAUAAACAGUAAGAAAUCACUAGUUGAUAACAGAUUGUCCUCUUACAAAUAGUUAUUCGAGAUACUAAAGUGUAGCAUAUAAAGUUGGGAUUCAAACAGUGAGACUGCAACCAGUUCUGUUCAACUAUCCAACAAAAGCUUAGAAACAUGGUUAUCAAUCCUAUACACUUAAACAUACAUGCAGUUAUCCAUAUCUUCAAUUAUGUUUGAGAUUGAACAAAACCAAGCAGGCUAAUAUUACUCUGAACAAAGUAUAAUACUAUUUCUGGGUUUCACAUCAUGACCCUAUAGGAUCAGCACUUGUUACUUUAGUGUCUCUUUUUCUUCAAAGUAUCUGUUCAUUUUACCAUGUGUCGUAAGAUCAGGUCUCAUACACUGCAGCUGCCCUCCUGAAGGAGUGAGUUGGGCCAAGCUGUGGUACCCCAUUUCGGCCAUAUUGAUCACCCUUUCUCACCCUGAGUGCACAUCACAGCUGCCCGCCCAGAGGAGUGAGUUGGGCCGAGCCGCGGGACCCUGUUCCAGCCUUGUUGACACUCCAAGGGCACAUCUCAGCUGUCUGCCAGGGAGAGCCCUGGGCUUAGCUGUGGGACCCUGCUCCAGCCUUGCUGACUGCCCUCUCUCAGCCGGAGGGUACGAAAGCUGCCCCGCCUGAAAGAGGGAACUGGGCCAAGCUGCGGGAACCUCCUGCUGCCUUGCCUGCGACCUUCUUUCUACCUGGAGAGCACUGGCAGUACUGCCACCACCUGGAGAAGGGAGCAGCCCUGCUAAGGAAGUCUGAGGCCUACCUGGGCCAUAGAAGGACCCCCUACCAGCCUGGGGAGCUUUGCCAUCCAAGGAGCUGGAUAGUUACACAACAUCCAAUCCCUGGGAGAGUAUGAGAUCCUUGCUCUAGGGGGUUUGGGGCCCACUGGGUUUGCAGCCACACUACCUUGUGCUUAGUUGGAUUUCAAAUUGCCUGGACCACACCAGGUGGCCUUCUUUCCCUCAGGGGAGCUUUGCUGCCAGAAGGGGGAGCUGUGUAGCUUGAGGAGGCUUUAGGUCUACCUGAGAGGAGCCUGGCAACCUUCUUAUAAUCCCGGGGGCGUCACUGCCUAGGAGGGAGCUACACUACCAGAAGAUCCCAGGAGCCCAGGACAUAGGAGACAAGUUACAACACAUCCAGGGGAAGCUUUGGAACAACAUUUGAAAUGCAGAAAUAUAGGAAAAUGACAAUUUGAAAGAUCAAAAUGAAAUCUCAAACAUCCAGUACACCCCAAGAGAGCCAAGGAGCCAUGUACAUAGAAGAAAAUACAUGCCAUAUGCCUGAAAUACCUGAAAUAAUAGUAACCGAAAUAAGGAAGCAACUCUGGGAAGCUUUAAAGGAAUUCAAACUAGAAAAAAUCUCUCAGGUAAAAGAAGAAAUGACAAAAGAAAUGAAGGAGAUGCUGAACAUAUCUAAAGAAGACACAGUUAAAAAUUGUAGGAACUAAACAAAAAGAUAAAAUUACUGGAUGAACAAUAUAAAAAACAAACAGUAUAUAAAGCAGAUACAAAGAGAUACACAGGAAAUCAAAAACUCCAUUAAGAGUUGUAAAAACCACCUCAAUGAAUGUGAAGAUAGAAUUUCAGACCUCGAAGACAGUGAACAGAAAAGGAAAGAUCUUUUAAAAACAACAAGGAAUCAGGAAAUAACAAUUCAACAGCUGCAAGAUGAUGCAAAGAAAGACAACAUAAGGUUGAUAGAGAUAAAUGAAAAAGAAGGGGACAACAUAAAGGAUGUCAAGAGGAUAUUUAGAGAAGUAAUAGCUGAAAAUUUCCCAAACAUGAGAUUGGAAACUGAUAUCAAGAUCAGUGAAGCAUAUAGAACUCCAAAUAGCCAUAACCAAAAUAAAACUACACCCACACGUAUAGUAGUCACCAUCCCAGAAAUGGAACAAAAGAAUAAAAUAUUAAAAGCUUCAGAGAGAAAAGACAGAUCACCUAUAAAGGAAAACAUAUCAGAAUCACAGCAGACUUCUCAGCACAAACAAUAAAGUCAAGAUGAACACAGAGUGAAAUAUUUCAGAUCCUAAAGGAAAAUGAUUUCCAACCUAGACUGAUGUACUCUGAAAAACUGUCCUUCAAAAUCGAUGGAAAAAUAUGAUACUUCCAUGACAAAGAACAGUUUAAGAACUUCAUGAUCACUAAGGCAACCCUGCAAAGAACACUGAAAGACAGUUUAGAUACACUUAGGAAAAAAACCACUAAAUGAAGCAGACAAUUAAACAGAACAGAAAGAUAAAGAUGAUGCAACAGUGGAAAGAAAACAUGUCAACAAUAAACCAACAUAUAACAGUUAUAACCAUUAAUGUAAAUGGUCUCAAUGCACCAAUUAAAAGAAACAGACUGGAAGAAUGGAUCAAGAAACAAUAUCCAACCAUAUGCUGUCUACAAGAAACAUAUCUAACCCAAAAGUAUACUCACAGACUGAAAGUCAAAGGAUGGAAGACAAUACUUCAUGCAACAGGAACCCCCCCCCAAAAAAAGUGGGGAUAGCUAUUCUGUUUACAGACAAUGUGAACUUCAAACCAAUAAUGAUCAGAAGAGAUAAGGUCACUACACACUGGUUAGAGGAAAAUUUCAAGAGGACAAGAUAACUAUCUUAAAUAUGUAUGCACCAAAUUCCAGUCAUAUAAAACAAGUAUUAACAGAAAUAAAAAAACAAAUUAGCAGUAAUACAAUUAUAAGGAGAUCUUAAAACACCAUUGACAACAAUGGACAGAUUAACUAGACAGAAAAUCAGGAAAGAAAUAACAGAACUGAAUCACACCUGUGAACAAAUGGACUUGAUAGACAUAUACAGAGUAUGCCUCCCAACAACCACAGAAUACACAUUCUUCUCAGCAGUAAAUGAGUCAUUCUCUAAAAUAGACCAUAUAUUAACUCACAGAACAUAUUUAAAUAAAUGCCAAGGAGUUGAAAUUAUCCCUUGCAUGUUAUUGGAUGAUACCACAAUGAAAUUAGAAAUUUAUGAUGAAAGAUACUGCAAAUAUCCCCCAAACACAUGGAAUGUGAAUAACACCCUCUUGAGUAAUCCAUGGGUCACAAGGGAAACUAAACAAGAAAUUAAACAAUACCUACAAACAAAUGAAAACACAAAUACAACUUACCAGAAUCUGUGAGAUGCAAUGAAAGCUGUCCUCAGAGGAAAAUUUAUAGCACUGAGUUCCCACAUCAGGAAAACAGAAGAAACACAAAUAAAUAACCUGAUGUUACACCAUAAACAUCUAGAAAAAAGAUGAGCAAUUCAAGACCAAAGCCAAAAUAAGAGAGAAAAUAAUAAAAAUCAGAGCAGAAAUCAAUGUGAUAGAGACUAAGAAAACAAAAAAAUCAAUUAAUCAAAGAGUUGGUUCUUUGAAAGAAUAAAUAAAAUCGAUAAGCCCCUAGCCAACCUUAUUUAAAAAGGGAAGAAAAAGCUCAAAUUCAUGCAAUAAGAAGUGAAAGAGGUGAAAUUACUACAGACCCUAUAGAAAUACAGAAGAUCAUCAACACCUGUUUCAAAAACCUCUACUCUCAAAGGUUUGAUAACACAGAGGAAAUAGACAGAUACCUAGAAAUAUAUGAAGUACCAAAGCUAGGUCAAGAAGAUGUAAAACUGCUGAAUAAUGCAAUUUCUAUCAAUGAAAUUGAAAAUGUAAUUAAGUCCUUACCUACAAAGAAGAGCCCAGGCCAGACGGAUUCACUACGGAAUUCUACAAGAAAUACAAAGAAGACCUAAUGCCGACACUCCUCAAACUCUUCAAUGAAAUUGAAAGGGAAGUAAUCCUUCCUAAGUCAUUCCUGGAAGCCAAUAUUACUCUAGUACCAAAACCUGAGAAGGACCCAAAUGAAAAAGAGAAAUAAAGACCAAUCUCCCCAAAGAACACAGAUGCAAAAAUCCUCAAAAAAUUAUUGGCAAAUGGGAUGCAGCAAAUCAUCAAGAAGAUUAUACACCAUGACCAAGUGGCGUUCAUCCCAGGCAUUCGGGGAUUCAACAUACAUAAAUCAAUAAGUGUAAUCCACCACAUCAAUAAAGCCAAAAGUAAGAAUCACAUGAUCAUUUCUAUAGAUGAGGAAAAAGCAUUUGAUAAGGACCAACAUUCGUUUAUGGUAAGAACCUUGCAGAAAAUUGGAAUAGAUGGUCUUUACCCCAAAAUAAUAAAGGCUGUCUCCGACAAACCAACAGCCAAUAUCAUACUAAAUGGUCAAAAAUUGAAGGCCUUUUCUUCAAAAUCAGGCACAAGACAAGGAUGUCCCUUAUCACCACUCCUGUUUAAUAUACUACUGGAAAUACUAACCAGAACAAUUAGACAAGAGAGAGAAAUAAAAAGGGGUAAAGAUAGGAAAAGAAGAAGUUAAAUUAUCAUUAUUUGCAGAUGACAUGAUACUCUACAUAGAAGUCCCUCAAAACUCCACUGAAAGACUCCUAGAUAUAAUAAAUAAAUUCACCACUGUGGUUGGAUACAAAAUCAAUAUUGAAAAAUCAAUAGCAUUCCUCUACAGUAACAAGAAAAAUCACAGAGAGAGAGAAAUAAGAGAAGCUACACCCUUCACACUAGCAACCAAAAGAAUGAAAUAUUUUAGAAGUACUCUCACAAAAGAAGUGAAAGAACUAUACAGGGACAAUUAUAAUACACUGAAAAAUGAAAUUGAAGAUGAUCUAAGAAAAUGGAAAGACAUCCCUUGCUCAUAGAUUGCAAGAAUAAAUAUUGUGAAAAUGGCCAUUCUCCCAAAACUGUUAUACAGAUUCAAUGCAAUCCCAAUAAAAAUACCAUCAACAUACCUCAUAGAACUUGAGAAAUCACUCCUAAAAUUCAUCUGGAACCAGAAGAGACCUAAAAUAGCAAAGACAAUUCCAAGCAGCAAAGGCAAGGCAGGAAGUAUCACAAUCCCUGACUUGAAGUUAUACUACAAAGCAACUGUAAUAAAAUCAACAUUGUACUGGAACCAAAACAGAGCCGAAAAUCAGUGUAAUAGAUUAGAAGAUACAACCACAACUACAAACACACUCAACCACCUUAUUUUUGAUAAAGGGUCCAAACACUGGAAGAACGACAGUCUUUAAUAAAUGGUGUUGGAAAAACUGGCUCUCCAUAUGCCGAAAACUAAAACUAGACCCGUGCCUAUCACCAAGUACUAAAAUAAAAUCUAAAUGGACUAAAAAUCUUAAUGUUAAAACAGAAACACUAAAUAUAUUGGAAAACAAAUUGGGUAAAAACCUUGAAGACAUAGGAGUAGGUAGAGAAUUCAUGAACAGGACUCAAACCGCACGGGAAAUACUUCCCAGAAUCAGUAACUGGGAUCACCUCUUAUUAAAAAGCUUCUGCACGUGAAAUAAAUCUCCAGUAUAGUAAAAAGAAAACCCACAAACUGGGAAAAAAUCUUAGUGAGCUUCCCCUCAGACAAAGGACUUCUGUCUAAAACAUAUAAAGAAUUUUAAAAAUCAAACCCCCAAAAUGCAAAGACCCAAUCCAAAAAAUGGGCAUCUGACAUGAAUACACAAUUCUCAAAUGAAGAAAUACAAAAGGCAAAUAAAUACAUGAAAAAAUGUUCAUCAUUACUCAUUAGAGAAAUGCAGAUUAAAACAACACUGAGAUUUCAUCUCACUCCCUGAAAGAAUGGCCAAGACCAAGAAAACCACCAACAACAAAUGCUGGAGAGGCUAUGUGGGAAAAAGGAACUCUCCUGCUCUGUUGGUGGGAGUGUAGACUGGUUCAACCAUUGUGGAGGUCAAUCUGGAGAUUUCUCAGAAAGCUUGGAUUGGAAGCCCCAUUUGACCCAGCAAUUCCAUUUCUAGGCAUAUUCCCAGAAGAACUGAAAGCAUCUUACCACAGUGAUAUAUGUGCACCAAUGUUUACAGCAGCACAAUUUGUAAUAGCCAGAUAUUGGAAACAACCUAAGUGUCCAUUAACUGAGGAAUGGAUAAAAAGUUAUGAUAUUUUUAUACAAUGGAGUACUAAUCAGCUAUAAAUAAUGAUCACAUUGAGAUAUUUAUAAAUAAAUGGACGCAGCUUGAGACCAUACUCAUAAGUGAAAUAAAUCAAACUCAUGUAUAAUUACUGAAUAGUUUCCCUGGUGUAAAAACUGAUAAGAAUGCCUUAAAGUAUGUGGUAAUCAUGAUUCCCAGUUACAUUGGUUUGAAGCCAUAUAGUGUUUUCACUCAUUAAUUGGAAUGGUUUUAUUUUUGGUUGUUCGAUUUUUUGUCUGUGAUUGUACGAAUAGCUAUUUUGAAGAAAACAAGCCAUUAUAAUAGCUAGUACUGAUUUAAUUCAACUUGUUUUGAAGUCCCAUCAAGCUAUUGUACAAUGGUUCCAUUAGUUUUAACAUGUUGUAUCUUAUUAUAUUUUAAUAUAUGUGAUAGUAUAAACAAAAUUUUUAUAGGCAAGGAGAUAAUAUAGAAACCAUUGUUAGUUUUCUGUUAGCUGGUUCUAAAUCCCCUGUAAUAUUUUCAUUCUCUUGAAUGGUUUCACACUGUCUUGGUAUGUUUGAUGCUAUAGUAUAUGAAGUUAUACUCAAAUAUUGCAAGGAAAGAGAUACUAUGGUAACUAAUAUUAUGUCAGGUUAUCUGGUGGUGAAACACUAUGAUACUUAAAUUGUUCUGUUCUGAACUGUGUUAUUCUGUUGUUAUGUCCUCUUUUAUCUCAAUCUCCCUUUUUUCUUUUUUUUUAAAUUAAUUUAUUUUUUCUUAUCAUUUUUUUAUUAAGGGAAAAAUAAAUUUGAAAAUAGUGAGAUAUAUUAUAGUAACUUUUUGUUUUCCUAUUUACCUGAUUUGAACCCCUGUACUGCUCUCCCCAUCUUGUUUUGACUGAUUUUACUCUAUUCUGUUUUGCUUGAUAGUAUCAAGUUUGAGGGUAUAGGCAACCACUUUGAAGGCAAUAAGAUUUACUAUGAUGCCAUUAUGGUUAGACUAUUAUCUUCUUUUGAAAUCCUGUAAAGUCUCCAAUAUUUAGUUUUUAUUGACUUUGUUCUGUUCUGUUUUGUUCAAUUCUAUUAUACCUGAUGAUACAGGCAACUCUUUUUAAGAUAGCAAGAGGCAUAAUGGUAACCACUGUUGAUCAACUGGUAUUCUGUUUUUACAUCACGUACUAUGUCCAUCUUUCUGUUCUAACUGAAUGUUUUGUUUUGUCACAUUUGGUUUUUUCUCUACAAAAAAAAAAAAACAGUAAUAAGAGCUGUGGGAGUGAUAAAACCCAAAAUGUGUAAUUGUUAUUGUAAAAAAAAGAGGAAAAGAAAGUGAUCCACAGGAUAUAACUGCAUUUAUAUUUAAGUGUGUAAGAUAGAAAACCAUACUACUAACUGUUGGAUCACUGAAUAGAACUGUUUGCAAUCUCACUGUUUGAAUGUUCACUUUGUGUACUUUAAUUUUGUAAUUUGAAAAACUAUUUCUAAGAUGACAAUAUGUAAUCUAUUAACUAGUGAUUUCUUACUGUAAUUUUUUUUCUUGAAAUUCUGUAUUACUUGUACCAUUUCACUGUUUUGUUUCGGUUUUUUAUCUUUAAAUAAAAAAUGAUCAGGUCUCAUAAACUGUUUAUAGAUUCUACACGUACAUGAGUCUUAACAUGUAUUUCUAUCCUUUCUAUAUUAGAGGGAGAAACAAAAGAAAGCAAGAUAAAACAAAACAUAUUCCUAUAAAUACAUGAAACAAAAAAGACAUAUAAGACCAUUGUACAAGGAGUUCUACCAUAGUUCCUGUGUUGUUUCUUGUUAUCCUCAAUAGAAUUGGCAAUAUCAUCAGACAUAGUACAAUUCAAUAUAUCAGUGCAUAACAGUAUUAAUAAAAACCCAAUUUUUAUACAGAAUAAAACUUCAAAAACAGGCAGUUAUCAAACCAGAAUGCAUAUCAUAGCAAGUCUUGUCAUCCUCAGUGUAGUUGCCUAUACUCUUAGACUUGAUACUAUCAAUAGUAUCAGUUUUGAAUAAAAUCUGUUGAUACCAAACAGCAAUCAAACCAACCAGAAUUAACUAAGAUCAGUCAUGAUAAAACAAUAUAAGUCAUACAGGGCUCCAGAUUGAGAUAAUAGGAAAUUAAAAAUGAUUACUGUGCUAUAUCCUGAUGUUUUGAGGAUAGCUGUCUGUGCCCUCAAUUCUAAUGCAAGUAGACAAACUGGAACAGAAUAAAAUCUAUCAAAAAAAGGAGUAAAAUUUAUCUAAGCAGAGUGGUGUGAGUAAUGUGGGUUUUAAAUCCUGAUACACUAUUAACAAUAUCUUCUGCUAUCUUUUUUAAAACUCUCUCUCUCCUCUUUCACCUCCCCAAGGUACACUGUGUCAUUUUGGGUCUCACCAAGACCCUUAGUUUUAAAUUGUAGUGGGGGACAACCUGCUAUUUACCUAAGUGGUUCUGAACCUUCUCUCUCCUGGACUUGAUCUCCAAUUGUAUUCCUUUACCUAUUAAAGCCUGUCUUUCCAACCUAUCUACAAAUACUUGUCUAGCUGUUCCUAUUACUCUCUGGUUCUCUGUCACAUAGAGCACUGUUUUCUCAUAUUUGAUUUUCAGUCCCUGUACUCUUUUCAUGUUAAUUACAUUUCUUUUAAAUAGCAACUAGGUAGACCCUGCCUCCUGAUAUACUGUGGUUCUUUUUUUUUUUUAAUUUAGUGAAACAAGGCCAUCUAUAUUAGACAUUAUAACCAACAUUCUCUGCCUCAUUUCUGUUAUGCUCUUUUUUUGCCAUCAGUUGUCUGCUUAUCUUCUUCUUUCUGUUUUCUGCUUCAUUCAGUGAGGCCUCUCUGCUACUGUUCCUGGAAUCCUAGUACUUUUCUCUCUCUCUCUCUAGGAUGCCCUGCAGUAUUCUCUGUAGAGUUGGAUUGGUGGUUGCAAAUUUCCCAAGUUCCUCUUUGUCUUGGAAGCAUCUUGUUUCUCCAUUAAUUUCUAGAGACAGUUUAUCAGGGUAUAUCAAUCUGGGAUGGAGGUUAUUUUCUUUCAGGGCAUGGAAUAUUUUGCUCCAGGCUCUUCUUGACUUGAUGGUUUGUGUCAAGAAGUCUGCUAUUAUUCUGAUGGGCUUUCCUUUAUAGGUUAUCUGUUUCUUGUCACUAACAGCUUUUAAUAUUCUAUUCUUAUAUUGAAUUUUUGGAAUCUUGAUUAUUAUAUGCCUGAGUGUAUCUCUGUUUUGGUUGUAGGUGGCUGGAGUUCUGUUUGCCUCAUAUAGCAGAAUAUCAUUUCCUUUUCCUAUGUUUGGAAAGUUUUCCUUAAUUAUUUCUGUGAAUAAAAUUUGUAGUUCCAUUGUUUGUACCCCAGCUUAUACAUUCACAUUCUUAAUUCUCAAGUUAUAGAUCCUGUUGUCAUCUUCUAACCUUUGUAUUGUUACUGUUUGCUUCCUUGUUAUUUUUAAAAAGUUUUCCCUUUCAUAAUCCCACAUUGCAAACCUGCCCUCCAGUUUGGAUAUCUAUCAUUUCUUUCAAGCAGAUUUGCCAUCUUUCCAUAGAGUUUUAAUUUCCUGGUAAUCUCUUUGGAUCUGCUUCAUGUAUUCUAUAUUUUGUUUAUAUUCUUCAUCAAAUGGUUCUCUCCUUUGUUUGAGUUCCUCCUUUCUUCCAUCUGUGUCUGUUUGAGGAGUGCUUAGUAUAUCCUUUUUAAUCUUCUUAUAUCUUGCUUUACUUGGCUAAAUAUUUCACUUUUGAACUCUCUAUGAGGUCCUGAAGAUAUCUCUUUAUGUCCACUGGUGCCAUGUCUGAUAUUGCAUGUUUGCUGUUCUUAUUCUCCUUUGUAUUUACCUGUCCUGGAUCAAUGUUCUCAGGGUUGGGACCUGGAUACUUUUUGUUUUUGCUUCCUCUUCCCAUCUUUUUUGUUUCUUCCAGGAGACCCCAGUUUCUUUCUUUUAUGGUUACAAUUCUUCUGAAGCAUGCUGGCUAGGUGACCUUUCCCACUGUAGUAUGCUAGUGAGUCACAAACAGGCACACUUUGUGCCUCUACUUCUAAGUCUGUUUCCAUGUUCCUGUACAUGAUUGUGAACACAAGGGGCUUCAUUGUUUGUGGUCUGCAGGGUCCAGUGCCCUUCUGGUGUCUGAUGAGUGCUGAGGCUGCUGAAAGUUUCCAGGAGAUGGAAGUGUCCCAGAGAUACUGCACUGUGCAACAUGCCCCUGGGGCCAAGCCUGCAGAGCUUAUCUUAUUGCUUUUUGAAUCUCUCUCUGAGGGGAGGCAGAGACUGCACCAAGUCUGCUCCCAGAGGGGAGGAGUGACCUUAGAACUCAGAAACGUGCCAAUCACAUGAUGUGCAAUGGUAAAGUAGGAUUUGAACAAGAACACAGGCCCCACAGCAGGGAAAGCAGAUCUGGAUUGCAGGUACAUGGAAGAAGCAUGCCCUCGCCAUGCCCUGAAGAGCCCAGCCCCCCACUGCAUCCCUCAGCAUGAACUGCUCCAUCAUCAGGUUAGAAGGGGACACCAGGAAGCAGGACUUAUCUUUAUUUACCUUGUUUUCUGUGGCCACAGAUGAAGACUUGGGUGGCUCUGCUGAUGUGUAUUAUUAUAAUACUACAGGCCUCUCUGAAGGAGUCCAAGUCUGGGAAUGAUUUCUGAGACUAAAACUUUUACCACUUCUUGUGCUUUUUAUGUUCUGCAAGAAAAGGCCUCAGUACAGUUUGUGAAAGUAUCUAUCCAAACCACUAGUUAUUAGAGCUCCUUACUCACUGGCAUAUGAAUAAAACUGAGCUACCAAUGUUUUCCAGGAUAUUUACCACAUUUCUGUAUAACUGGAGGAGUUAUGGCCUGGUUAAGAGGAUUGUUAUUUUGGUAGAGCUCACAUGUCUUAACUGUCUGAUGUAUCAUCUAAGAAAACCCCUUUCCUAUGAGUAACUUUAUGGUUAUUUUGUGGGACUUUAUCACUCCCAAAGUAAAAGGUUUGUUGUAAAGACAGUAAUUUUCCAUCAACUUGUACCAGAAAGGAACAAUUUGCCAGCAUCUGAUUAUUAUCCUGAUGGAGGAAAUGACACCUGUUGGAGGGAAUCCAUUCUAUUUCUGACUGGGAGUAUUUGGGUGGAAUAUGAUGAAGGGAUCUUUCUUAGAUCAAGGGGACUGAAAGGGAAACCCCCUUUAUUGAGCUUUUU